AUGUCGGCUAUCAUCUCGACCCAACCCUAUCUCUGCCAGUUCAACCAAAGGGGCCAUGAUGAGAAUGGCCUCUGUCUCGGACCCACUGACGACGUUCAGGGUGGUAUCACUGCUGCCAUGCCCGGCGGCUCUUGGCUCGGCGCUCUCGUGUCUGGCAUUGUCUCGGAUGCUUUUGGGCGCAAGACUUCGAUUCAGCUUGGCGCCAUUAUCUGGAUUAUUGGUUCAGUGGUUGUAUGCGCUUCGGUCAACAUUCCCAUGUUGGCCAUUGGUCGCGUCAUCAACGGGUUCUCGGUCGGAAUAUGCUCUGCCCAAGUUCCUGUGUACAUCUCUGAAAUCUCCCCUCCUUCGAAGCGCGGUCGUCUCAUCGGUUUCCAACAAUGGGCUAUCACCUGGGGCAUACUCAUCAUGUUCUUCAUCUGCUACGGCAGCUCCUUCAUCCCGGGCACCGCCGCCUUCCGUCUUCCUUGGGGUCUUCAAGCUGUUCCCGCCGUCCUCCUGUUCCUGGGACUGGUCUUUCUUCCGGAGUCCCCUCGCUGGCUCGCCAAGAAGGAUCGUUGGGAGCAAGCCGUGGAAGUGCUGACGCUGAUCCACGGAAAGGGAGAUCCCAACUCUCCAUGGGUCAUAAGGGAGCUUUCGGAGAUUCGCGAGGUGGUGGAGUUUGAGCGCGCCAAUGCUGAUGUCAGCUACUUUGAGCUCUUCACUCCCGGCAUGAUUAACCGAACCCAGGUCGGCGUCUUUACGCAAAUUUGGUCGCAGUUGACGGGCAUGAAUGUCAUGAUGUACUACAUUACCUAUGUUUUCACCAUGGCAGGCCUGUCCGAGCCUGGUACCAACGCCGUCCUUCUCCCGAGCGGCAUUCAGUUUGUCAUCAAUGUCGUGAUGACCGUUCCCGCCCUCCUCUGGAUGGAUCGCUGGGGUCGCCGACCGACUCUCCUUGUGGGCGCAUUCCUGAUGUGUUUCUGGCUGUGUAUCAACGCAGGCCUCUUUGCCGUCUACGGCCGCGCGCCCUACCCCGGAGAGUUCAUCUCGACGGCAGAGUCGAUGGCGGUGGAGGGACCGCCCGCCAAGGCUAUCAUCGCCGCGACUUACCUGUUUGUCGCCUCAUUUGCGCCCACCUGGGGUCCUGUCUCCUGGACCUACCCUCCCGAGCUGUUCCCCCUUCGUCUUCGUGGAAAAGCGGUUGCCCUGUGCACAUCGGCAAAUUGGGCCUUCAACUUUGCCCUGGCCUACUUUGUUCCUGCGGCCUUUGCCAACAUUACCUGGAGGGUCUAUGUUAUUUUUGCGACAUUCUGCGCAGCCAUGUUCCUGCAUGUAUUUUUCAUGUUCCCGGAAACCGCCAACAAGCCGCUUGAGGAGAUUGAGGAGAUGUUUGAUGAUACCAAGCCUGGCGCCAUCAAGUAUAUUGGGACUCCCGCUUGGAAGACCAAAAAUACGCGCAAUCUUGCCCUCAGACAGGAGCGCAACGAAAUGUUGUCGUCGGAGGAAAAGAUGGGUGUCUCUGGAGAACACAAGGAAUCAGCUGCUUGA